UAUUUAUGGUAUUGUUGAAGGAGUUUCUCGUCACACAUAAUAUAAAACAAGAAUUUAUUUUUUUUCCCCCAACAACCUCACCUUAUUAAUUUAGAGGAUUUUUUUUUAAAUACAACACUCUUUUUACAAUACCACUAACAAUAAAAAUGGCAAAGGAUAGUUGAAUGAAUCGAACCGAUUAACAGUAAAUAAAACACCAGGAAAAAUAGGUUAGUUAAUUUAAAAAAGUGAUAGUUUAGCUACAUCAGAGAUUUAACAUUUUCAAAACACUGAUUCAUUAUUACAAUUAACAAUGCAUUAUUAUCUUUUAUGGAUGCAGAAUUAUAGAUACAAUUUAAUUGAUUGUCUUGACGAAUAAUAAUUUCCUGACCUUUCUUUUGUGCCUGCUGUUAAUUGGAUGGAAAUCAAUAUGGGCGUUUUAAAGAAUCUAUGAUCUCUCAGAUGGAGCCUGAUUAAAUAUAAAAGCCAAGUCGUCCUCCAACUUGCAUUCAUUUACAUUCAAAGACAUAUCCUUCGGGGAUAACCCGAUAGGACACACCCCUCAUUGUAGAGCGGGCGCCCACACUCCAGUGACGAAGCCAUUGAUCUGUGGGAGUUGAUGCAAAAAGUCUCAGACGUGGUCAGCGUGUGACACAGUGACUCAGCCUGUAGGCGGCCUCUCUCCAUGCUCGUCAAAAAGGCUUCGGCAGUCUGCUUGGAGGGAGGCAGACGGACGGCCCAGCUUCAAGUUGCACUGUUUGGACCUUACACACACACACACACAUGCAGCGGCUCACAGUUAUCUUCAGCUUUUGGACUGCAAAGACUCACCUUCAUGCAGCAGAUUCGGGCAACCUCUCUUUUGUGCUCCAUAUGAGGGAGAAAAUUCCAUUGUCACUUUUUCCACAGAUCUUCAAGGCACCUUGUGUCCUCUUCUUGAGCCACUUGUUGACAAGUUUAAGUCUUUGCGCUGAGAAAUUUGGAACGCCGAUAACUGACGAUGUGAGCAAGCUGUCACUGCUGAAGCAAAACAUCCCCUUGGAUUAUGAGAUCGCGGUCCAGUACAUUCCCAGAGAAGUGGCUGGUGCAUGCUGGGUGGUGUUGAACGUCUACCCCUUGGAGCAAAGCCUUCGCAACUUGGCUGAGAUGUUUGGCGCCAUCUCCUCCAACAAAGCCAACAUCCUCGUCUUCAUCGCAAUGCUCAAGAGCCUGCGUUUCACCUUUGACCACGAGGAACUGGAAACUUCAAUGCAAGUCUUCCAGUGUCACUAUCAGGAAGAGAGGUUGAAAAGUGGGCUUUAUUUCCGCUACAUUGAGGAUCUCCUCCAUGCUGCACGUGAGGAAACAUCCAGCUUCUCCUGCAAGCCGCCGACAUGUCUCUAUACUCAGCAAACACCAGGGGGUCACAUGGAAGGUCGGGGUUACAAAUGGUGGAAAAGAACGCCGUUGCUGCUUCUUUUUAUUCCAGUAACAGCCUGUGUGGCGUUCGUCGUGUGGCGGGUAACAUAUCCAAGACAUUUACCAGUGUGCCAUGCUGAAAAUAUCCAACUGGCAGCGCCUUGUGGCGUGAUUCCGAGCAUGUCUGUCUCCAUCCCGCUUCGAACGGACACCAGCAGUCUCCCAGAGGAGGAUGCUAUCCCGGGCAUGCCAGUGGCUGAGGAGUGAGGAAUCUGCACAGGACAAGAUUUGUGUGAAACUUUUCUGCUCCUGAUGCUCAAAGUAAGGUCCAUAUAUGGAUGCUUGGAUGAGUUUGGUGACCUUUCACCUCACAAAUGCUGUUCUGGAGCAAGACAGUCUUCCCAUUUAUACUAAGGAGAAUUUAGCAUGGGGGUUUCCCACAUUGUGUAUGUUGUUAAGCCAUACAAACACGUGAUGCGUUCCAGCAACUCUUGCACUUGUUGUUGGCUAAAAAACAGCUGGUCCAAACAAGUGCGGUUCAACAAGAGUCCCACUUUGUAUAUCAAAGCUCAGCAGCAGAUGGCACAGAUAGAGUUGUGAAUCCCUCCAUUGUGCACCAGUCAUCUAUCGCUUCUUCUUCUUCUCUUUCUUGGACCUCAGUGAAGAGCGCUGGACUUUUUUUAAUGGCUCAUUCACUGAGUCAAUCCAGUUCAGUCAUGAGACUGAGCGGAGAGUGAGUGCUCUUGUCCGGGAUGUGUCACAGAGACAGGAGCGUGGAGGAGAUACAGACAGGGCGGAUGGGAUGAGCUCAGCGAGGCGCAUAAGAGGGGGGCUUGUUCUCGCCACAAAAGACGUGGCCGUAGGCCGAAGGAAAUGCCACUCGCAAACACGACUGAUGUCGGCACAGCUCCAUGAAUCAGCGCGGCAGGAAUCUCCGAAGACCGCAGCAACUCAACUAUGGAGGAUGAUUCAGAUUUCAAUAACAGUUUUUGCUAUCUGAUUGACUGCUUUGCAAUAAAACCUUCAUUGAAAGGUCACAGAGGUGUCAAUUUGUACAUUUUAAUGUGAACUAUAACAGCUUUCAUGAAAGGUUUGUCAACAAACCAAGCAGUCCAGUUGCGAUCGAUUGAAUGCC